AUGUCGAUUGUGCACGUAUUGACUUCCGGCUGUACAAUUGCAUUUAUCGCCAGUUGGAAAUUGUCAUUAGUUAUGAUAACAAUAUCACCAAUUUUAAUUGUAGUGACAAUGAUCAGUAUCAAACCGUUAGAAUGCGAUAAAAUAUCGACGAAACCAUCCUUAGAUAUUAUUUUAACUGGAAACAUUGAGUUUGACAAUGUUUAUUUUUCGUAUCCUACGCGACCAGACUUCGAAAUAUUACAUGGUAUGAGUUUCAAUGUUAAACGCGGGGAAACAAUCGCAUUAUGUGGUCAAUCUGGGUCAGGUAAAAGUACUUGCAUUCAGUUAUUAUUAAAUUUGUAUGAACCAACAUCGGGUACUAUUCGAAUUGAUCGAUGUCCGAUUCAAGACUAUGAUGUCAAACGCUUGAGACAACAAAUCGGUGUUGUUAGCCAAGAACCAGUACUAUUCAGUGGAACACUUCUUGAAAACAUUGCGCUAGGUAAGAAGAAUGCAGAGGGCGAUGUUCCUUCACUCA